GUUUCCCUGAGCCCGUGCGUCACAAACACACCGACGUCUGCAACCGCCUCGUUCAUUUUCUCCUUACACGGCAUCAACGGUGUAGUGCCGUAGCCGUUCAAAACGAAUAAAAGCUGCACGAACGCGGUUUAACGUAUUACGAGUUUUUGUUUCGUUUGCAAAAGUCUGCGUAGCCACACUUGGGAGUCUACCAGUCGUCAGCGUUCUUUACAUUCAACGUCAUCUGCACGGUCGUUACAACAAUCAUGUCGAGCAAAAAGAAUAAAAAGCAGAAGUGGAUAUCAAUAGAAACAGAAGUUAUUUCAAUUGCUAGCGGUACAUGCUGGGCAGAUGAAGCAGAAAAAGAACAUAAUGGAAAACAUGGUUUUGCUGGUUUUGGAUUUGAACCUAAGCCAUUGAACCUUCCUAAGGCUCCAAGAGCAGCAUGUGAAUCUAUCAUAGAUGAAAGCACCGUGCCUCAAGAAGGACCAUUCUUGGUUCAUAUGUCGAAUUUGCAGUUUGAAAUUGAUGAAGAUGAUAUUUCUAAUUAUUUUAAAGGACUCAAGAUUAACAACAUUAAAUUACCACGUAAUGACAAUGGCCGUAAUAAAGGAUUUGGAUAUGUUGAGUUUGAAGAGCGAAAAGAAUUAAUUACUGCACUUGGAAUGGAAAAUUUGAUUCGUGGACGUCGUGUACGAGUUGAACUGGCUAGUGGUAUGCAAGAUUCUAGAAAUGCUUUUCAAAGAGGCAGUCGCAUGGGUAUGGAUUUUCCUAGUGAUGAACCUGGUGAUUGGCGAUCGACUAACCGAUCUUCAACUACCGAUGAUAGAGGAGGAUUUACUAGGCGACGAGAUGGUGGUGCUUUUGAUAAAGACCAUGAUAGUGAACGAGAUAAUGGUCCUUGGAGAAGUGCCAGACGUACUAUUGAUGACGAUGUACCACGUAAACCAUUUAGUGAUCGUCGUUUUGAUGAUUCUGAAAGAAGACCUUUUAGUGACCGACGAAGUGAUGAUCUUGAUGGUGGAAGAAGACCUUUUGGUGAUCGUAGAGGAGAUGAUUCUGAUGGUGGAAGAAGACCUUUUGGUGAUCGUCGAGGAGAUGAUUCUGAUGGUGGAAGAAGACCUUUUGGUGAUCGUCGAGGAGAUGAUUCUGAUAGUGGUAGAAGACCAUUUGGUGAUCGUCGUUUUGAUGACUCUGACAGUGGAAGAAGACCUUUUGGUGAGCGCCGUGAUGACAUCGAAGGUGGACGAAAACCAUUUGGAGAAUCAAGAAGAGGAUUUGGUUUUAAACGAGAUGAUGAUUUGCCUGAUAUUGCUGGAGAAAAUACUUCACAACCACAAGAACGCCCAAAGCUCAUACUAAAGCCAAAGACUGUUGAUCCAAAUGCACCAAAGACUGAAGCACCUAGCUAUGUAGCUGCACCAUCUAUAUUUGGUGCAGCCAAACCCGUAGACACAGCAGCUAAAGAAAGAGAAAUUGAAGAGAAACUUUUAGCUAAAAAUGAACCAAAACCUCAAUCAGAAUUGUCUGGUGCUUCCUCAGAAACCAGUUUAAAUGAGACUUCUGAUAAUAAGUGUCAAGAAGAAACGGAAGUAAAACCACCUACUAAGCCUAAAGCAAUUGAAACAUGGAGGCGUAGAAGUCCACGUCGAACAAAUGAUGAUGAUCGUAUACCCCGUCGAAGAGCUUCUCCUGAACGUAACCCUAGAUAUGAAGAAGCUCCACCACCACGAGAAAAUGCUUGGGAAAAACAUUCUUUAAUCAAAGAAUCCUUGUCUUCCGAAGAAAAUGUGUGCAAUGGAACCCCGACAAUAGUGGAAGAUGAAAAACCGAGACCAAAUGUUUACAUUCUACCAAAUCUUCGUAAAAAAACUCUGGAAGAAACUGUGAUAUUAGAUACAGUAGAAUCUGAACCUAUUAGAGAAGAAACUUCCCCAGAUUUAGAUAAAAAUGUUCCAGAUAGAGCAGCUGAUGGGUCAGAAAUUGUUGAAACUAUAGUUGUAGAAGCCCCAAAUGAUGUUAGAACUGACCCUGACGGCCAAUCCAGUGAACCUGAUGUAGUGAAAGACCAAUCCAUUAACGAAGAAGAUACAAAUGAUUCUGGGUUUAUUGAAUGUGGAAAAAAUAGUUCUGAUAAAUAUAAAUCAAAAAAGAAGCCUAAAGUUGUUAAAAAAUUAUCAGAAAUAGAAGUUAAGAAGAAAGAUCCUGUUAUAACUAAGGAGCUAAAGAAAUCUACUAGUAAUAAAUUUGCUGCACUUCUUGAUGACGGUUCCAACGAAUAGAAAAUACAGUUAAUGUUUUAUAUUUUUUCAUUAUAUUGUUAUAUUACUUAUGUUUAAGGAUAUAUAUACAUAGAGAAAGAGCUGAAUAUAAAAUUAAGCCAACAUAUAUCUUUCUCUAUAAUCCCUUUAUGUUAUAUUCAUUAUAUUAAUGUCUGAUAGAAAUGUUUUAUAGUAAAUGUAAUUAUAUGUUAAUUUAUGGUGAUGCGCGACGUCUGUUGUUACACUACAUCCAUACAAAUUUAAAGUGAUUCAAAUUAAGACAUACAUCUUAAUUUAACUAAUCCUUUUUUUUAAAACAGAUCAUGUGGUUUGCACAAUUAUUAAAUACCACUGUACAAAAUUAAUUUUUUUUUGUGAAUUAAAUUAAAAAAUUUUUUUCAAUUUGUCGUCUAAACAAUCUAUAAGACUGCUUACUUAAAUAAGUGAAUUAUAAUUUUUUUUUUAUAUACAUAAAUAUUAGGUAUUAUGAUAACAGACGCUCAUUAUUUAUGUUAACAAGACUUUGACCAAGGACAAGUCACUGCCAAUCUUUCUUUUAGCAUCUUAAUUUGUAAACAUUUUUUAAAUUUUGUUUGUGAUUUGUGUAUCAACAGACUUACACAAUUAUAGAAUUAAAAAUUAAAUUCAUCUACUAUAUAUAUAUAUUCAUAAAUUGUAAGUAUUAUAAUUUAUAAA